GUUAUUGUUUUGUGUUGUUGAAUAACCUAGCGCAAACUUUAAAUUAAUAAUUAUUUUACAAUUGAUUAGUAAUGGUUAUUUAGUGAUUACAAAUGGAAGACAUUAUUCAAACUCCGGGUGUGGUUGUCGUCCGAGCAAAACCUGAAGGACAGAGGAAAACUUUUAAACCUAAUGUGCGUUCGUUGAAUAAAAUACCAGACGAAUUGUUGAAUGAUCCUCUUCUGAACAGAGCAUGCGAGUCCUUGCCACAGAACUAUAACUUUGAGGUUCACAAGACGAUAUGGAGAAUACGAUCUCUUCACGCCAAAAGAGUUGCAUUACAGUUACCAGAAGGAUUGACGAUGUUCGCCACGACCCUAUGCGACAUUAUCGAGACGUUUACGGAAGCUGAUACAGUGAUAAUGGGUGACGUGACCUACGGAGCAUGCUGCAUCGACGACUUCACUGCCCUGGCGCUCGGCGUCGACCUGCUCGUGCACUACGGCCACUCCUGCCUCAUCCCCAUCGACCAGACCACCGACGUCAAAGUACUCUACAUAUUUGUUGACAUCAAAAUAGACCCAUCACACUUCGUAGACACUAUCAAACACAACUUCCCGAAAGGCACACAUCUAGCAUUAGUUAGCACAAUACAAUUUGUUACAACUUUACAUUCUGUUGCAAAGAAUCUCCGUACUGACGAGUAUGUUGUGACCGUGCCCCAAUGUAAGCCCCUAUCUCCUGGUGAGAUACUCGGGUGCACGGCUCCUAAGCUGACUGCUGAUGUCAUAGUAUACCUUGGUGAUGGCAGGUUUCACUUAGAAUCCAUUAUGAUUGCCAACCCAAGUAUUCCAGCUUACAAAUAUGAUCCUUAUGACAAAAAAUUUACAUCAGAACAGUAUGAACACCAAGUCAUGCAGGCCAAUAGAAAAAAUCAAAUUAAAACUGCUGAGGAGGCAGGCAAUUUUGGGCUGAUACUUGGGACCUUAGGAAGGCAAGGAAGUCCAAAAGUUUUGUCCAAUUUAGAGAAACAAAUUAGAAAUUCUGAUAAAAAGUAUGUAAAAAUACUUUUAUCUGAAAUAUUUCCUAGAAAAUUAGCAUUAUUUCAUUUAGAUGCAUUUGUGCAAGUGGCUUGUCCAAGAUUAUCUAUAGACUGGGGGACAGCGUUUCCACGGCCUUUGCUUACACCUUAUGAAUUCUCUGUGUCUCUAGGAAACAGUAAGUGGUUGACUGAAGAAGGCACAUACCCAAUGGAUUUCUAUUCUAAUGACAGUUUGGGGCCCUGGACACCUAAUUACAAGCCUGUGUUAUGUUCUGGGACAGAUAAAAAGUGUGAUAAUUGUUGUAAUGGGAAAGGCAAGUAAAGCGAUACUUACUGGGAUGUU